AAAAUGAAUCUCAUAUACAUACUUCGAUAAUAAAUUUACUUUGAACUGAGACCCCAAGAAGGAGCAGAAUGAAAGUACAGUAUAAAACGUGAAGCAAAGAAAAUGGCCAUUCAGCCCGGUCAUACUGUUCUUGCCUUUACAUUCCCUUUCUCAGCUCACUGCGUCUGACCCACAUCGACAAUCACUGACCUGUCCUAUUCAAACCAUAUCAACGAUUCACACACCUAGCCUGGUGGAAAUGUCACCAUCGCCAUAAAGCCUGUCACAUUGAACAUCUGUCAACUCUCCCUCAUCAUCCCAGAGCCCAGACGCUGGGAAGAUGCAGUCUGCGUCUCGUUAAACCUUACACUUUCGCGGUGCAGGUUUUGUAACACAGACAUGAGACCCGAAGUUCAGGACAAGGGGGCCGCACUGACCUGCAGCUGGCAGCCUGUUGUGGUCACCUUGUUGGUGAGGUCGGAACCAGAGACCGGAACGGAAUCCGCUGAACCCCACAGGGACUUCACCCCACCAGAUACAGCCGGCUGUUUCCCCGCCCGCUCACCACUGAUCGACACUCGGAAAUCUAAACCCACCCGGCCUCCCAAGUCCCAGCCCCUGAUCCUUGCCUCCGACACCCUCCUCCGGAGACGGGACGAGGAGCAAAAGCUCCCGAGACCAACCAACCCAAAGGGCGCAUCAGAGACUCAAUCUCAGUUUCCCGAUUGACAGAUCUCGAACAGACAACGGGGAGACGGCGGGGCAGAUCCCUGACAGACAACGGAGAGACGGCGGAGCAGAUCUCUGACGGACAACGGAGAGACGGCGGGGCAGAUCUCUGACGGACAACGGAGAGACGGCGGGGCAGAUCUCUGACAGACAACGGGGAGACGGCAGGCCAGAACCCUGACAGACGGUGAGAAGAUUACUGAUGUCAUGGAGAAGAGAAACCAGACAACAGCUGCACGUGUAAUACCUCACAGUCUGGAUACACCCAUCAGCACAAGCCCUGUCUCUCACAUUCAUUUGGUAUCUGCCUUCCUGUGGUGGGUGUGUGGCGUGGCACGGUGAACGACAUGGAAAAUCCGUGCUGCUGACUCGAGGCCAUAGGAUUCCACAUCCUCCUGGCUGGAUACGAAGACCCAGAGCUGGCCUGAGUGAAUGAGGUCAAGGGCUUGCUGAAGGAUGCAGCCUGAUGUUCUCUGACAAAAGAGUGACCAUGUGGUGCUGAAGGUUGCCCCGUGAAGCCUGGUCUGUCUAUGUCAGCUGGCAUUCGAUCAGUGAGCAAGUCUGCGGCACUCGGUCUGCAGCACAGUCUUCACUCGGAGAAGGAACGAAGAUUUGGCAUCACUCGUCAGGACUCCCCUGCUUCACUCUCAUGAUGUACGGGCUGCUGUGUGAGAGUCUGCACGAUUUCAUCAAGGAGUCAUACGGAGAUGAUGUGUGGAAGCUGGUACGGGAGCGGGCUGAUGUGAGGCUACACUCAUUUGUAACUCAUGAGGUCUACAGUGAGAGUGUCAUCCCAGGCAUCGCCAUGGCAGCAAGUGGAGUGACUGGCACCCCCUACAGCGAGCUGAUGAAUUCCUGGGGCGUCUACUUCCUAGGAUUUGUGGGGAAGUAUGGAUAUGACCGGAUCCUGAAGGUCCUGGGUAGACACGUGCGAGAUUUUGUGAAUGGCUUGGACAAUCUACAUGAGUACCUUCGCUUCAGUUAUCCUAAGGUGCAGCCUCCAACAUUCUUCUGUCAGGAGGAGUCGGCUACGGGAGUUACACUGCACUACAGGAGUAAACGGAAAGGAUACCUUCACUAUGCCAUGGGUCAGCUGCGACAAAUGGGGAAGCAGUUCUAUGACACAGAUAUUCACGUGGAGGUGCUGUCAGAACAGUUGGUGGGUGAUUACUCACAUGUUACCAUGAGGCUGAACUUUGACAACUCUGCCUACCGCUACAUUCAGAAGGAGGACACUGACGAGCAGGAGAUGCUGCCAUUCACCAGUGACUUCUUCUUCGAAGUUUUCCCAUUUAACAUUGUCUUCAGACAGGACAUGGUGGUCCACAAUGUGGGAUCAGGACUGGCCACCGUCUUCCCCGACCUGGAUGGCAAACUGAUCACCGACACCUUCCUGCUGGCCCGGCCCCUUGUGGAGUUUACAUGGAACAUGAUCAUAUCCCAUCCCAACAACCUGUUUGAGAUCAUCUCCAAAGAGCCCGUAAAACGAGAGCGGAAUCUCCACAACAGAGUGCAGAAUGCUGACUAUGAGAAUGCAAAUCGUGCAGGGGACGUCAGUGUGCUGCUCCUGGCCUUUCAGUCAAUAGUUGGUGAUGACUAUAAAGAUGGACACAGUUCGAGCAGAGCAGACACUGGGGGAGACGGCAGCCGGUGUCUUCGGCUGAAGGGACAGAUGAGAUACAUGCCAGAGUGGGAAUCCAUCAUCUUCCUGGGGACUCCUGUCAUGGAAAGUCUCGGAGCCAUGUUUAAGACUGGUCUGUACAUCAACGAUCUCAGCAUGCAUGACUCCAGCCGGGACCUGGUCCUCGCUGGGACACAGCAGUCCGAGGAGCUGAAACGAGCUCUGAUACAGGAGCAGAAAAAGUCUAGCAAGCUGGAGGAGAGCAUGAAGAUGCUGGAUUAUGAGAUGAAAAAGACAGACGACCUCCUCUACAGAAUGAUUCCCAAACCUGUGGCCAAGAGUCUGCGCAAAGGAGUGCCCUCAGUCAACACCUGCGAAGUAUUCCCGGAUGUUACCAUCCUGUUCAGCGAUGUGGUGGGCUUUACUCGGAUCUGCAGCCACAUUACCCCCAUGCAGGUGGUGUCGAUGUUGAACACGAUGUACACGCUGUUCGACACCCUGAGUGAGAAGCACAGAGUGUUCAAGGUAGAGACCAUCGGUGAUGCGUACAUGGUGGUGGCUGGCGUCCCCGAGAAAACCAAGUUUCAUGCCCAUAACAUCUGUGACAUGGCACUGGAUAUGGUCCGGUCUAUUGACCAUCUCAAGGACCCGUCCACAGGGAACAACAUCCAGAUCCGUGUUGGUGUUCAUUCUGGGAUGGUGGUAGCAGGGGUGGUCGGCCACAAGAUGCCUCGCUUUGGGCUGUACGGAGACACCGUCCACACAGCAUCAGCCAUGGAAAGCAAUGGCAAGGAAAUGCACAUACAGUCGAGUGGUGCCACGUAUGAGCACCUUGUCGACAGCCCUUUUAUCUUUGAAAGACGUGGGACAAUAACAAUUAAGGGGAAUGUGGAAAUCGAGACCUACUGGCUGAAAGGGAAGAGGGACAAGGAUGGCAAUGCACAGGCUGCCUGUCCACAGUUUGAGCAACAAACAAUUGGCACGGCAGUAUCACCCCACCCUUCAGAAUCCAGCAACAAAAAGUUGUUAAAUCUCAGCACUGUGAGAGAAGAUGAGACAGUGAAUUCUCAGAGCCCGCAACAAAUGAAGAUGGGAUCAUCGACCACAUCGCUGGUGAAGACACCAGAGGAUUUCAGCACCGAUGAAAAUUCUUCAACCAAGGGCUAUCACAAAGAGUCUUUCCUGGAGAAAGUGUCGGAGGAAACGGCUGAAGCGCAUGAACACCCUCUCUUUGCUUCUCCAAGGAGGCCCCAGGCACGCCCUCUGGCCAUGUUAAGGGAUAGUGCAGGCUCCACCCACACCCAGUUCUGCCAACUGAUCUGAUUGCUCACCGCACCCUGCUCGAGCCCACCUUUCCAGCCUGGCAUUGAACUGUCAUGCAUUAGGUUUGAUAAGCUUGGGACACUCCCUGUGGCAGCUCCUUGACCUCGUUACUGUUAAUUCAGAGUUUUGGAAUAUACCCCAUGUGAAAUUGUCUUUGCCCUGUGUGAUUAUGUAGAUAAUUUUAUCUUCAGGCCAGGCUUUGCUUUAUUUUGAAUAAUAAAGUAGUUGAAGUAUUA